AUGAAAAAACGCUCAUUGGCUUUUGAGGAUGAUGUGAUUGAAAUUGAAAAAAAUUACAACGACGAGAUCCAGACUUACAAGCGUCAAAUACAAAAUAUAGAGCAUCACCAAGCAUAUUUAUCCUCAAAAAACAGUACACUUCAGGAACUGACAACCUCACUUCUGAUGGAAGAACCUCCAGUUGCGAAUGAUAUUAGAGCUACAAGUUUCCAAAUGAAGACAAACGAUAUGUGUAAAAGCCAGCCGAUAGAACAUGAAUUCGACGAACAUCAAACAGCGUCGACUUUUGCCCACUGUGCAUCUAUCGUUUCCCCCAUACCCCAGUUAGACGGCGAAGUAGCAGCAGAAGCUGCAAACUCCAAAAGAAUUCGAUGA